GUUACUUCAGUUCUUAGCGCUGUGUUUUUACACACAGAACACAGUGCAGUCCCACUCCCCACCUCCUAAUUUCAAGCACCAUGUGAACGAGCAGUGCCGGUUGUCUGACCGGAUGAGCCGCCGGUUGAUUCGGACCUACCAGCUCUACAGCCGGACCAGCGGUAAACAUGUCCAGGUUCUGGGUAAUAAGAAAGUGAAUGCCAUGGGCGACGACGGAGCUGUGCACGCCAAACUUGUGGUGGAGACGGACACGUUUGGUAGUCGUAUUCGGAUAAAAGGGGCAAAGACGGGCUACUACAUCUGCAUGAACAAGACGGGGAAAUUGAUUGGCAAGCGGAAGGGUCGUGGUAAAGACUGCAUCUUCACAGAGAUCGUUCUGGAGAACAACUACACUGCUCUCCAGAACGCUAAAUAUGAGGGCUGGUACAUGGCCUUCACGCGUAAAGGAAGGCCCCGCAAGGCCUCCAGGACCAAGCAACACCAGAGGGAGGCCCACUUCAUGAAACGCCAGCCCAAGGGCCACCUCCUGGGUGACGCCCAGCCCUUUGAUGUCCUCCCCCUCCCCGUGGUCCCCUUCCACCCCCGGAGGACUAAACAUACCCAUCACCACAGCUCAGGGGCCCACUGAGGAAAGAACAGACGAAGAAGAAGAGGAAGCAUAGGGAGGGAGGGGAACACACCAAACUAAAAUACCACUACCACAUUUCUGCUCCUUGCAAGGACUCCUUUUUGUUGUGUUUUGUACUGGAUUGUGUCUAAAACAAUGAGUAGACUAUCUAAUCUGCUACAUCAGACCGAGGUUUAUUUGCAGGAAAGAGUUUUUAUAACCAGAGGACGAUUUUAGUGCUCAAGCACUCGAUGAGAUUUGAAUGAAAGAAAGGACAUCUUGGGCUUAGUGAUAACCCUACACAGCUAUAAAGAGAGGGUGUUAUGAGAGAGAUAAUGAAUACACAUUACAUGGCAGCUAGCUUUGGAUCAUCAUGUGCUUGCAUCAACUAAUUAACAGUGAAUACACGUAAAACACUUUAUUUUGCAUUUAGGAGGCCAUUUGCGUUCAUUUUCGUUAGUCUGUUUUCUACAUAUAUGAAUAUAUUUUAAAUUGGGAGAUUUGUAAAAAUACUUUUAAAUGAUGGAAAUAUUUAUUGUAG